AUGUCUUUCGUUCCGGCUUAUCGCCAUUGUGUGGCUAAGGGCUUUACGACACGGUCCCUUCAUUAUACAAGUCCAACCAAAUCAUUGAUUAAUGUACGAAUAUCGUGGAUUCGUGGUUUCAAGACAGCCGGAAUUGCCAGUAACCAACAUUUAAAUACUGCUCCCAUUGAAUUUACACCGAAUAUCACUAAGAAGAAAUGCGAUAACGAUAUCACCGAAACAGCAGCCAAGGCUCUGAGAUGUACUACUGAUGUCAGUGAUAGUAAUAGUGAAGUGAAGCAAAAUAUACCGUUUAGCGUAAAAGCAGUGGAUCCAUCAGUAAGGAAAGCCCAACGAGAAGCUGUAGUUGGAAAGAGAGAGAUAUCAUUGAAGAAGCGAUUGAUUGAUCCCUAUUUACAGCUGAGUAAACCAAGACUGACUAUGCUGGUGAUGUUAAGUGCUAUUUGCUCAUAUGCUAUUUCUCCCUACGCAGCAUCGGUAAGUGAGCUCUUAUGCCUAACGAUAGGUACUACGCUUUGCUCAGCAUCUGCAAAUGCGAUCAAUAUGGGUCGAGAACCAGAGUUUGACCGACAAAUGAUAAGAACACAGGCGAGACCAGUGGUCAGAGGUUUAGUGACACCUGUUCAGGCAUAUAAAUUCGCAGCCAUUGCUGGGACUGUGGGUACCUCAAUUCUAUAUGUAGGUGUCAACCCCACAGUAGCGUUUCUUGGAGCUGCAAAUAUUGUACUUUAUGCGUGGAUUUACACUUCCCUGAAGAGAAAGCAUAUCAUUAAUACUUGGGUUGGCGCCGUGGUGGGGGCUUUACCACCCUUGAUGGGAUGGGCAGCAGCUAGCCCUCUAUCUCAUCCAGGCGCUUGGUGUGUUGCAGGUUUACUAUAUGCAUGGCAAUUUCCACAUUUCAAUACCCUCAGUCAUAACAUCAAGAAUGAAUAUAAGAAUGCGGGCUACGUGAUGACCGCAUGGAAAAACCCACUAUUAAAUGCCCGUGUCGCUCUACGGUAUUCCCUAUUGAUGUUUCCGAUUUGCUUUGGAUUCUCUUAUUUUGGGAUAACUGAUUGGUAUUAUCAAAUCGAUUCUGGAAUAAUAAAUGCCUGGAUGUCAUUUUGGGCUUUCAAAUUUUACUGGCAACAAAGACAAAACUACUCCAAGAAAUUUAUUAAAGAAGGAUUAAGACAAGACAAGGGCUUGAUCCUGGCAAAUGUCUAUGCUAGGAAGACAUUUCUGGUGAGUGUGUUGCAUUUGCCCGCAGUGUUAAUCCUGGCCAUUUUGCAUAAGAAAGGACGCUGGGAUUGGCUGUCCCAAGAUAAGGAAGAUUCAAAGGCUUUAAAAGCAUGA